GCGUCCCCGGGAGGCGGGGGUGGAUGUAAACUGUGAAUCAUGCAGCCGGGCUGGGUUCGGUCUCGUCCUCGACCAGACUCGCGGUACACACUUAACCUAAGCCGUGUCUGCAGCCCAGCCCAGCCCAGCCCGGGGAUCCGCCCGCAACAGGUCAGAUCACUUAGAAGACUCCCACUACAUUUAGCAAGAAGAGCGUAGAUCUUACCUUUUGCAAUAUGAAACAAAAAGAGAAGUGCUGAUGGAUAUAAAAUCGCAAUUUUUUAAGAAUUGUGAGUUGAGAAAUACUGGAAAUAUAGUUUACUCUGCAACACAAGCUAAAAAAAGAUUUUGUGUCCAUUAUUUCUGAUGCAGCUGAGAAAAAUGCAGGCCAUUAAAAAGGAGCAGGCACUUGAUACAAGUAGAAAUGUGGACAAAAUGCUAGUGCUUAACUCUGCCCUACCGGAAGUGUCUGAAGACUUGAAUACAAAUGAAGAUCUAUUACUUAACGAAGGAGGCGGUGGAAAAAACAAAUCGUCAGCAUGCCGGAGAAAACGGGAAUUCAUUCCCGACGAAAAGAAGGACGCCAUGUAUUGGGAAAAGAGACGAAAGAAUAACGAAGCCGCCAAAAGAUCUCGCGAGAAACGGCGGCUAAAUGACCUGGUUUUGGAAAACAAACUGAUUGCGCUGGGAGAAGAGAAUGCAUCUCUAAAAGCAGAACUGCUCUCACUAAAAUUAAAAUUUGGUUUAAUUAGUUCUACGGUAUAUGCUCAGGAGAUACAGAAACUCAGUAAUUCUACAGCUGUAUAUUUCCAAGAUUACCAAACUACCAAAUCAAACGUGAGCUCGUUUGUGGACGAACAUGAAGCGUCCAUGGUGGGAAGUAGCUGUAUUUCUGUCAUUAAACACUCCCCUCAGAGCUCUUUGUCUGAUGUCUCAGAAGUGUCCUCGGGAGAGCAUUCUCAGGAGAGUCCGGUUCAGAACAGCUGCAGAAGUCCUCAGAAUCAAUUCCAAGACAUAAAACAAGAGCCGAUGGAAUUGGAGAGCUACCCGAGAGAGUCAAGAGAGGAUCGGAGUUCUUACCCAGCAUCCAUUUAUCCAAACUACCUAGGAAACACCUUCUCUGGCUUCACGCACUCCCCUCCCCUCCUGCAGAUGAAUCGCUCCUCCAGUAAUUCGCCAAGAACGUCAGAAACCGACGAGGGUGCUGUGGGCAAGUCAUCUGAUGGAGAAGAUGAGCAGCAAGUUCCCAAAGGCCCCAUCCAUUCCCCGGUUGAGCUUAAAAGUCUCCAUGCGACGGUGGUUAAAGUUCCGGAAGUGAAUUCAGCCCUGCCCCAUAAGCUUCGGAUUAAGGCCAAAGCUAUGCAGAUAAAAGUGGAGGCGUUCGAUAGCGAGUUUGAUGGCGCCCAGAAACUCUCUUCACCCAUUGACAUGUCCUCCAAGAGACAUUUUGACCUGGAAAAGCAGGACACGCAGAGUCUGAUCCAUUCUCCUCUGACGCCUUUCUCUGUGCAAGUGACUAACAUCCAAGACUGGUCCCUGAAAGCAGAGCCCUGGCCCCCCAAGGAGCUCAGGGGCAGCCUCCAGAAGAGCUGCUCGGCGGGAGGGUUUGAGAUCAAAGACGGCGUCUACGCCGUGUCUGACGUGGAGAACUUGUACUUGAAACAAGGCAGAGCCAGCUUCUCUGCGGACGUUGCCUCGCUGAAAAGACUUAUCACGACACAACACAUUUCUGCAUCGGACUCCACCUGAGCUCCGCCUCGAUUGUCUUUGCUGAUUCUCCCUGGACUCGUGAGGUCGUUUCACUGUAACGUUCCCCAGUUGUCUGAGAGGCUCUCUUAGUGCCCAGGUUCUUCUGAAGAUUAGCUUGCGUUCUGCUCACUAUGCCUUGUGUAGUCAGGGAGCCUGUGCCGGGCUAAAUGUGGGACAUUCUGUUUUGGUGUUCAGUCAUUACGUGUGACCGUGUCCACUUACAAUAAAAUAUUGGUGACAAAUGAAGCGAAUUCAA